UGCUUUGUGACCAAAAAUCCUUUUUCAAAUCAGAUAAAUUGAAAUUUGAACCAUAUUGCUGGGAACACAAAAUUCUAUAUAGGUAAUUUAUUUGAAAUUCAUUUACGUACAUCAUGUUCUCUGGAUCCAAUUGAGAUUAUGUUCUAUGGCUUUGACAUAAAGUUUAAAAUUCAAUUUUUAAGAAAGUAUUCCUAAUAAUAGAUCUUCAAUGCGAACGUACUGAGGUUUGUUUUUCACACUUAGGUUCAAAUUACUUGAUUUAGAAGAAUAUAAGGUGGUGAUUGUAAUAUUUAGAAUCAGUGUUAUUGUGAUAGGCUCUAUAAUGGCUCGUACCGGUGUAAUUUGUGUUUGCAUAGUCUUAGUAUUAGUUAACUUCAUUUGUGUUAAUGCAGGUUCACGAGUAGCCCGUUCUCCCCAAUUCGGGUUCGGUCCUCCACGUCCUUUCGGGCCGCAGCCGUUCAACCCUGGUCACAGUCAUUUCGGCCCAGGUUUCGGAGGUUUUGGCCCAAACCAGGGUAGAUUUAGACCAGGAUUCGGUGGGUUACAGGACCCGUACACCCAUCAGAGGUUACCUACUGGUGGAUCCAUUAGUAUAUCGAAGACUAUAAGUAUUAGUUCUGGUGGUGGAGCUUCGUCUAGUGCUGGUUCCAGUUCUGGUUCUGGGUCUGGUUUUGGAGGCUUCGGUGGCUCUAGGUCAUCAGCCACUGCUGGAUCGAGUGCCAGUGGAAAAUAAUCGUCGAUAACUAAUGCUGGAGUGAAUUUUUUGUACUGAUAAUAAAUUGAUUUGAAUAGAAA